AUGCCAGUUUCAGGAUAUGAAGAGCCUGGGUUUAAACCCGUCGGUUGGCAUCCUAGUGAUUCUAUUGCAGGUGUGCCCAUCAAGAAAAGAAGGUUCCCAUUUGUUGUGUCUCAGUCACCUCCUCAGACACAGUCAUCACAGGCAGUGGAACCUGGUCAAACAGAGAAAGAACAUUCUGAUGUAAAGGCAGAGUCAUCUUCAAAUGAAGGUGAUGCAAGGGAUGUUUCUGGGAUUUCUGGUACAACCAGAAGUUAUUCCCUGGAAGAAAAGGGUAAAUCUUCUGCUGAUAGUAAUGUUAACUCUGUUGAAAGUAAGGUUAAUCUUCAGGUUAAUCUUCCUGGAUUUGGUCUUGGGGAACCAACUUAUGCUGUGGCCUCAGGUUCUGGUGCUGAAAAGAGCAACAAACAGGAAGUUAUGGCUGCUGAUAGGCCAGUCUACCCAAAAAUUCCAGAAAAUGCUGAACAACAGUUGGUACAAAAGGGAACUACUAUGCUGGGAAUUGUGGAAGGAGCAAGUGGGAAGGAGAAACUUGAGAGCAAUAAUGGUUUUGAACUUCUGAAUUCUUCAGGAAAUUCUGAAUUACCAUUAGUGCCAAAGGAACCAACUAUUUCAGCUUUGACAGGUCUAGACAGCCAUGGGAGCUGUGGAAAGCAAGAACUUAUCGAUCCAUGUUCGUUGAACUUGACUUUGGCCAAGGCAGACCCUGAUGUAAAGAAUAGAAGAAAUGUUUCUGAGUCGGCGAUUGGUGGUACUCUUCCACCUGCUAACAGGUCACAUUGGGAUUUGAAUACUAUGAUGGACACAUGGGAGGAUUCCAUGAAUGAUGCAUCCACUUCUCACAAAUUACGUGGUGCUGAUGGGUCAGAUGGAGCUGCCAUACUUGGUAUUGAGCCUGUAGUAUCUUCGGCUGUAAUGGCUUUUGGGGAACCUGAAAGCAGCAGUGGCGUUACUCUAGGGAAAGACAUUCUUGAUAAAAAUGAAUACAAGUCUAAGCUUCGCAGCUUCUCCAACCCUCAUAAUAAACAAAUUAUAUCUGAUGAUCUUCUUAAUCUCUGCCUUAGUCCAUCUGGUCUCCUCAAGUCAAACUUCAGUCGAGAACAGUAUUGUAUGCCAAGGAAAAUAGAUUCAAUGGGAGUAGAAACUAACUUGAAAUUAUCUGAAACAGUGGUGUCAUCAGCCAGAAAAUUUAAAAUGGUUGGUAGAAUUGUAAAGUCUGAGCCAUUUGAUGAGGUGAACAAGCAGGAUCUUAGGGCUGCAAACGCAAGCUCUGUGAAAAUUUCAGAUACUAGAAUUGUAAAAUCUGAACCAUUGGAAGAUCACAGCCAAGAAUCCCUCAAAUCAUUGAAGACCAGGAAUAUGAAAUUGGUAGAUGAUGGGUAUGUAAAGUCUGAGCCAGUAUACAAAAAUUAUCAAGGAGUCCUCAAACCAGCGGAAGAAAUACAAAGCCAAUUAAAGCAGGCAACAUGCACUGCAGGUGUGCCUAUAAUAGAGGCUGGAUUGCACUUUUCAGAUAUUCCAGUGGGAGAAAUGCAAAGCCAAGUAGAGCAGGCAACAUGCACUGCAGGUAUGCCUAUAAUUCAGAAUGGAUUGCACUGUUCAGAACUUCCUACCUGUAGAAUGGAAACAUAUGGUACUGGGCGGUUAUUGGGACCUUCGGAGUCUCAUGCUUAUGCAGUGGAUAUUCCCAGGAGUGCAGAGGUUUCCUGCGAGUUAGAUUUACCUUCUUGUACAAACGAAACACCUGUCAAAGGUGAUGUAACACUGGAAGCAUGUGGAAGUUAUGGUGGGGUCAAUUCUGACGUGGCUUCUGAAUCUGUUGGUAAUGAUGCCAAGGAAUCAAAGACAGGAGUUGUUAUGAUAGCUACUUCAGAAACGAAAGCUUCAGGUGGUAUUGAUCUGGAAUCUUCCAGAUUAAAAUUGACUCAUGAGCUUCGCCCAGAUUCAUAUCAGCAUGGUGAGGUAGCUGAUAGUGAUGAGGAAAAGAUCAACAUUUCUACGGAUAUGCUGGAGGAUGAUUCUUAUGAUACUGGCGAUGAAUCAGAUGGUAGUCAUGCAAUGGGUGUUACCAGUGUAGAAGAUAAACAACAUCGGGUAGAAGAUGAUUUUGAAGAUGGUGAGGUUCGAGAACCAUUGUUGCAUGAAGGUGGUGAGUGUGAGGAAAAAGAAAAAGAGCAUAUUGAUUAUGGAGAGUCUGAAAAUAAGGAUGCCAGCAUGUGUGGUGAUCAUGUCUCUACAUCCACUGGUGAGGACAGAAGUGCUAAAAUAGAAGAAAAUGGUGAGUCAAAUAAUGCUUUUUGUGGAGGAGAGUGCAACAACAGCUUGCUUAAUGAAACAAAUGAUCAAGACGCGGGCAAAGUUGCAACAUCACAAGAAUCAUUGGGAGUCAGAAUGCCACAUACUGAAUCUGAUGAGAAGGUAACAAUUAGAGCUGCUAGACGAGAAAUACUAAAUUGUUCAGGAAGGGAAGAUGGGUCGAUGGGUCAUGAGGGGGAUCUAACAUCCAAUCAUGCACUUUGUGAUUGCCAGGGGACUGCCACAGGUGAUAUUCAAUCUGAUGCCAUAAGCCAACAGGAGCAUGUCAAAGGAGCUGAUCCAGGUGAAAUUAAUCAUUUGGUUUUGCCAAAGGCAGAUCCAUCAAUUGAUGGUGAUGAAGCAACUAAAGAUGCCAAUGGUAGAGGCACCAGAAGGCGCAUUAUAAAUUUGCCUCGAGCUUCAAAUGGGUCAUCUUCAAGUAGACUGAGAACUAUUCCCGGGAGGUCGUUGCCAUCACUAAUUGAAAAGGAAAUUUAUACUGAUGUAGUACUCAAGGGUGAUAAAAUACAUGGUCAAGGGAAUAGAGAUGAAAGCUACAAUGAUGGAGCUCGCAA